UGAUAGGCUGGAGUAGGCGCAGGCGUGGUGAUCUGAGCGGAUUUGGCGCGUCUUCCUGAUCCCGUCGGAGCGCGCUGGUGGUCUGUGUUGUCAUUAUGCCGAAGCGCUCCUACCCGUUCGAUAGCCUGGCCCCUCCGCAGAUCAAGACUCGUAUCGGGCCGAAGGAGCUGAGCCAAGGAGUGUGCGGGGAGAUCAUGAGGCGGGAGAUAUUCGAGAAAACAAAGAAGCUCUUGUUCAGUGGCGCAAAAGCGAUUAUGGGGAACCAGUUAAACCAAAACAAGAAUAAUGUGGAGAUGGAUAUUCCUGCACCUGAGCUGCUGACCGGACAAACUACAAUUGGACAAGACGGAAAGCUGCACAAAGCCUCUCAUACAUCAGCGCCCGCUGGAGCGUCCAAGGCUUGCUCUUCCUGUGUGCGAUCCGUCGGGGACAAAGAAACCUGCAGGCUGUGUAAACAGUACAGCUGCAGUCAUUGCAGUAAAUCUUGCUGUUGCUGUUCAGCAGUAGUUUGCGCCUUCUGCACAAUAAUUGUGUCAUGUAGUUACAAGAGGCCGUGAGCAUCCGCUCAUGAAAACAAGAGCCGAUGCUGCUAUUUUGCGUCUUUGUUUUAUUGUGCCGGCGGUGCCAGAAGCUGGAGGAAGAGUGACUUGUGCACUGCAGAUAUGAAGUUUGGUGCAGCGUGAGUAUCUGCAUACAGCUGCUCCCGAGACCAAACUAAUCAGGCCACCAUGGCUAAGCACACAAUGGCCUUUUUAUUUAUCACCAAAGACAUGAUUCAGACAACCUCAAUCACUGUAAUUGCCCCACACAGUGGGGUUCUAA